GUGGAAGACAGUCUUGGAUUAACGGUACUGGACGAACCAGCAAUAAAGCAAACAGAUCCCACAAUACUGGGCUUACAGCUGCGUAACGAAUUUAAAGGCAGCGCUGGUGCCGUAGCGGAUGAACCAGUGAAAAAACUGGAACGAGCAGACAGAAAUACGGAAGAAAUUGAACGCUGGAUUGCUAGUAUUAAGGAAAUACAUAGAACCAAGCCGCCGACAACAGUACAUUAUUCGAAACCGAUGCCGAACAUUGAGCAUCUAAUGCAAGAAUGGCCCAGUGAAAUUGAGAAUCUAUUAAAGAAGGAACAGCUGCCCAGUGCAUCACUAAAUGUGCCGCUGGAAGAAUACGUUGAUAUCUGUCUCGCACUUUUGGAUAUACCUGUCCAUAAGUCUCGUAUUCAGGCACUUCACGUAUUAUUUACGUUGUUCGCUGAAUUCCGCAACUCACAACAUUUUCGAAACUUGGCCGCUAAUAACUUGAUGAGCAAUACUCUCAAGAAAGACAACAGCAAUGCGCCAGAAAGAUUGGAAUUGUAA